GCUUACACGCCGGGGGGGGCGGUGUGUCGCUGGCGAGAGGCGGGCGCCGGGCGCGUUGGGCUCAUUUGGGGGCUGCCGCCCGACGGUGGCGGGUCGCUGUGCGCAGGAAUAGAAGGAAAAAAAGAAAAUUCUUGAGAACUACAAGAAAGCUUACAGCAGUUCGGGAUGGAUUGAUUCGUGAUUCCUUUGAUAUGUGAGAGCUACGUUUUGUGCUGCUGCUGCUGGACUUCAGCUGACUUUGUUGCAGCAAGCCCAACAGAUAGGCCCUAAUCGCUAGCAGAACAUAAACAAGUGUGAUGGUGAAAUGAGAUGAGGCUCCGAAAUGGAACUGUGGCCACCGUGUUAGUUUUCAUCACUACUUUCCUCAGUUUGUCCUGGUAUACUGCAUGGCAAAAUGGGAAAGAAAAGUUGAUUGCAUAUCAACGGGAAUUUCAUGCUUUGAAGGAACGUCUUCGUAUAGCUGAGCAUCGGACUCUGCAACGCUCUUCUGAGCUGAAUGCUAUCUUGGAGCAGUUCAGGCGUGCAGUAGCAGAAACAAAUGGAAGUAAGAAUGCACUGAAUAAUUUUUCAGAUGAGACACUGAAAUUGUUAAAAGAACUAACAAGUAAAAAAUCUCUUCAAGUGCCAAAUAUCUAUUACCAUUUGCCUCAUUUGUUGAAAAAUGAAGGAAGCCUUCAACCUUCUGUGCAGGUUGGCCUUGGAAGGACAGGAGUUUCCAUUGUAAUGGGAAUACCUACAGUGAAAAGAAAAGUCAAGUCUUAUCUUACAGAAACUCUCCACUCCCUUAUUGAUAAGCUGUCCCCCGAAGAAAAACUGGAUUGUGUUAUGGUUGUCUUUAUAGGAGAGACUGAUCUUGAUUAUGUUAACAAUGUUGUUGCAAGCCUGGAAAAAGAAUUUUCUACAGAGAUCAAUUCUGGCUUGGUGGAAGUAAUAGCCCCUCCUGCAUCUUACUAUCCUGACUUGUCAAACUUGAAAGAGACAUUUGGAGACUCAAAAGAGAGAGUGAGAUGGAGAACAAAGCAAAACUUGGAUUACUGUUUUCUCAUGAUGUAUGCCCAGAAGAAGGGAGUUUAUUACAUUCAGCUUGAAGACGACAUCGUUGUCAAGCAGAAUUAUUUCAGCACAAUAAAAAAUUUUGCGCUUCAGCUUGCUUCUGAAGAUUGGAUGAUUCUAGAAUUUUCUCAGCUGGGUUUCAUUGGUAAAAUGUUCCAGUCUCCAGAUAUCACUCUUAUUGUAGAGUUCAUAUUUAUGUUUUAUAAGGAGAAACCGAUUGAUUGGCUUCUGGACCAUAUCCUCUGGGUGAAAGUGUGCAACCCUGAGAAAGAUGCCAAACAUUGUGACCGACAGAAAUCAAACCUACGAAUACGGUUCAGGCCUUCUCUUUUCCAGCACGUUGGCCUCCACUCCUCCCUGGCAGGGAAGAUCCAGAAACUUACAGAUAAAGACUUCCUGAAACCAUUGCUGCAUAAAAUUCACGUGAAUCCACCUGCAGAGGUUUCCACAUCUUUAAAAGUCUACCAAGGGCAUACACUAGAAAAAACCUAUGUAGGGGAAGAUUUUUUCUGGGCUGUCACACCGGUUGCUGGGGACUAUAUUCUAUUUAAAUUUGACAAGCCUGUCAAUGUAGAAAGGUACUUGUUUCACAGUGGCAAUCCAGAGCACCCAGGAGAUAUACUUCUAAACACAACUGUGGAAGUUCUGCCUUUUCAGAAUGAAGAAUUGGUAUUGAGCAAAGAAACCAAAGACAAACGCUUAGAGGAUGGUUACUUCAGGAUAGGGAAAUUUGAAAACGGCGUAGCUGAAGGAACAGUUGACCCCAGCCUAAACCCUGUUUCAUCAUUCCGGCUUUCAGUAAUACAAAAUUCAGCAGUAUGGGCGAUUCUGAAUGAGAUUCAUAUUAAAAAGAUUACAAACUGAUCAUCAAAUUCUCCUUUAGAGGAAAAAGAAAGAAUCCUUGAAAACUUUUCCUGUAAAAUCUGACAUCCUUAACAAGUCAUAAAUUGAAAAUACUGAGCAUGCACCUUAUCCCAAAUUUCUUUCAUUUUCACUUGAACUCUACCUCUUGUGAAAUCUACUGUAGAUGAGAAGAUUGUAUUUACCCCUUCUUAUCUGAUCCAUCCAGAAACUGAUGCUCCACACCGAUAUUGCUCAUCUGAGGCCUAGGUUGCCCUCCACUUUAAUGUGACUUUACCAUCUUAUGGUUGCAGAACCCUACUACACUUAAUCUGUACUAUUUUGAUAGUAUAGUAGUAUAGAGAAGUUGUACAUAUUGUUACAUUCCUGGAAGAAGAAGAAAAAUAUAAUUAUUGUUAAAUAUGUUUUAUGAAGGGGGUACUUUCGGAGUUCCAUUUAUUUUCUAUAACAAGAACCCUCUUUUAUAGAUUGUCAGGGAUAUAUAUUAAAAAUGUUAGGGAUAUUUAAUUUAUUAAAAUAAUUUGAAAAGUACAUAUUUUUAUGCAGUAAAAUUUUAAAUUGAUAUAGUUUUUUUUAUGAAUUCUCUAGUUUAAGUUAUCUUUCUACAUUUUUCUUUGGAGAUGCAAACAUAAAUUAAUACCAUAUUUCAAAUAUACUGCCAUGUUUAAAAAAAAAAUCUAGAUUAAGUUUCUAAAUUAUGUAGUUUUGUACACAGAAUCUGAAUUAUGUUCAGUGGCAUUAACAGAGCUCUGAAGAGCAUUAUUCUUUGGAGCUAUGAAUUUCCACUAUGUACAGUUUGUAGCCACAUGGAGAGCAUGUUGAAAUGUCUUAUUUCAUAUUAUGUACUAAAUCUGCAGUGAUUUUAGAUUUAAUCCAUUGCAUUUUAGAAGAAUUUUUCAAUUCCUAACUGUUCUUUCU